AUGUUCCAAGUUUAUUCAUACUUUGAGAAGUAUGUAAAACCAAGGAAGGAUCUGCUGAUUGAUGAUGAUUUUUUGGACUCGGAUCCUCCAUUCCCUAGAGAAUCUCAGCAUCUCUCUGCAUUGCUUGCUCCUACUGAUCCAGAUGUGGUUGAGGCCAGCUUUAGACACUUUCGCUACCUUUUUGAAGAAAACGGUUGGAAAGUAAUCCCUACUGUCAUGAGUGACUUGAUACAAAAGGAUCCUACAUGUUUUCCUAUUUUGGUUGCCGCUGGUCUUCCAUCUGCCUUCGUGGAUGCUAUAAUGGAUGAUGCAAGUAAUGGCUUCUGCAAUUACUAUAUAACGGAAAAAGUUUGCAUUGCUGAUGUCGGCAUGGGAUACGCCGCACACGAGGUGGAAGCACUGGACGCGCCUGGAGUUGUUAUUACUGCGAUGGUUAAUAUUUUUAAUGUCCAUGGAACUUUUAAAGAGCUCCUCGCAACAUUUGAAGCUACCAGUCAGCUGCUAUGGACACUUCCCUACGCUCUUCCAUCAUCAGAUAUUGAUGUUGGAAAAAAGGGGAAGGAGAUUCAUGCCCCCUCCACCUUGAAGGGCAUCUCUGGUCCGCAAAGGUUUCAGAUUCACAAGGCAUCUGGAGCUCCUGAUCGUCUGCCAUCAGCUCAUACUUGCUCUAAUCAACUUGACCUUCCUGAGUAUACUUCUAAGGAACAGCUUCAAGAACGUUUGUUACUUGCAGUCCAUGAGGCUAGUGAAGGGUUUUGUUUGGGCGACCAGUAUUUUGCUGAGAUAAUUUUGCAGCGAUCCCAUCAUGCUUGUUAA